AUGGGAUGGAAAGAAGACUGGAAGGGCGUCACGCCUAUGUUACUCUUCGCUGUCCUCGCUUUCGCAUGGGGUGAUAUCUUGUUCGGAAUAGAUACAGCAGCGUUCUCCGCGCUCCAGGUGCUUCCAGCAUGGCUCCAGUCUUUCGGCGACUUCAACGCCGUGACAGGUGUCUACUCGUCUCCAACUUCUCGGACCUCGCUCAUGAAUGCUCUCGUCUUCAUCGGAAGUUUCAUCGGCUGCGCGCUGUUCGAGCCGAUAUGUGAUCGAUUCGGGUACAAGAAGACCAUCUUACUCGCAGGUGUCAUUCAGGCUGUGGCCGUCAUCGUCGAGAUGACGGCCAAGGACUGGAUCACCUUCACCAUCGGCCGAAUCAUCGCCUACAUCGGUGUCGGUCUCGUCGAGAAUGCUACCCCCGGGUACUGCUCCGAAGUCUCGCCUGCGCCAAUCCGCGGCUUCAUGUCUGGAUCCAUGACCGUCCUCGUCACCUUGGGCAACACGAUCGGUGUGGCGAUGACUCUGCCGUUCGUCAACGAGACUCGACCCCUUGGAUGGCUCAUCCCGGUCUCGAUUCAGUUCCUCCCCGCCCUCGGUAUCAUCCUCAUGGUCCCCUUCUGCCCCGAAUCUCCUCGAUGGCUAGUCGGCAAAGGACGCAGCGAGGAGGCGCUUAUCUCGCUCAACAAGCUGCGCUCCAAGGAGGAUAUUGACUCGGGUCUGACCGCGGUGGAGAUUGAGGAGAUCGUCUAUGCUGUCGAGCAGAGUAAGGAGUCGGAGAAGGGGCGAUGGAUCGAUCUGUUCAACAGGACAUACCGCUACCGUACUUUCAUUGUCGUCUCCCUGUUCUUCUUCUACGAGACCACCGGCGGGCAAUUCGUGAACGUCUAUGGCCCGACCUUCUACCGCCAGCUCGGACUCGGCACCAAGGUCUUUGUCUACUCAACCAUCGGCCAAGCGGUCGGUGUCGUCACGUCCAUCAUCGGUAUUCUCGUCAUUGACAAAAUUGGUCGUCGUCCACCCGUCAUCACCGGUGCCGUUCUCCUCUUCGUCUGUAACAUCCUUAUCGGAUCUCUCGGGCCCAAGACACCAAACAUCUCGCAGACGGAGCAGGGAGUAGUUAUCGCUUCGAUCAUCCUGCUGCUUUCAGGUUUGAAGCUGUCUUUCCAGUCGUGCGGAUUCCUCUUGACAUCCGAAAUUGGCGGGAACCGGAUGCGGAAGAAGUUUAUGGGCUUCGGUACCGCCGCAGACGUCAUCUUCCGCUUCGUCUUUAUCCUCAUCGUCCCCUACUUCCUCAACGACCCGCUCUACAUGGGCGCUCGCUUUGCCUUCGUCAUGGCUGUUCUCGCUGCCAUUUCGGUCGUUUUCGUGGUGCUCUGCGUGCCCGAGACGAAAGGAAAACAGCUUGAGGAGAUGAAUGAGCUCUUUGCUAUGAACAUCUGGCCUUGGGAGUGGCAAAAAACCGAGACCGAGGUCCGUCGGCAGUGGCUCGCGGAUGUGGAGUCUCGAGCGAACGGGACGUACGUCGGCAGGCAGAAGGAGAAGGACGAGGGGGAUGUAGAACAUAUGGAGGUGGUGUAA